AUGAUGAAUUCCUCAGCUGAUAAAACACCGUUGUUUAAAUUUAUCAUAAUUGGAGAAAGUGGUGUCGGGAAGUCCUGUCUACUGUUGAGAUACACAAAGGACGAAUUCGUCUCUGAGUACAAUGUCACAAUCGGUGUGGAAUUCUCUUCGAAAACAGUGGAAAUUGAUUAGAAUUCAAAAAUAAAGUUGCAGAUCUGGGAUACAGCUGGAUAGGAGUCAUUCAGAUCUAUUGUAAGAUCCUUUUACAGGAAUGUUACUGCAGUAUUUUUAGUCUAUAAUAUCACAAGACGAGAAACAUUGGAGAAGUUGGAUGGGUGGUUGAAGGAGGCGAAGGAGAAUGCUGCACCGAAUAUAGUGACUGUUUUGGUUGGAGCUCAAAAUGAUUUGGACGAUCAACGCCAAGUCUCAUAUGAUGAAGGCAAGUCAUUCAUAGACGAGAAGGGAAUCAAUUUAUUCUUCGAAACGAGUUCCAAAAACAAUGAAAAUGUUGAACUGGUAUUGACAGCCAAAUUGGUGUUCUUAAACUAUAUAAACGAAACGAUACGUAAAAAUGACAACAAAGCAUCUAUUGCAUUAUCCGAACAGCGAGAUAAUCCAUAAUAGCAGCUACAACCACAAAAGAAAAAGAAAAAUGAUGACUCAGGGUGUUGUUGAGAAAAGAGUAAAAAACCAACAAUACAUAUUAAUAUAUAUAUCUAUAUCUA